CACACACGGUGACUACGUCAAGAUGAAGACAAUAAUUGAUUAUAACGCGAAAAUUGAGUAUUCCAUGAACUAUGCUUCAAAUACCUGUAAAAAGACAGUUCUGACAACAAACGAACUAAGUUGUUUGGGAAAGAAUGGGAACAACGCAACAAUAAUUGACAGAACCCAUUUCGGAGCCGGAGGUCAGCAGAUUCCGGUAGAGAUAUAUUCCGGAUUAGUGGGCGGUUACCCGUCUUACUUUUCAGUUUCCGAGGGUUGUAUUCCAGUAGGAAUUACUUACCACGGCAUGGACGCAAACGGAAAUGGCGUAAUUGGCUCAAUAGGCUACCAUGACAUCACUUCCGGUGUAUCAGAUACAUCUGUAUUUGAUCUUCCAGCAAAGUGCAUAUCAGCACCAUUAGAGAAUAUAGUUGUUGGAUGA